UGCUUGCACAAUAUGAUUCCUCCCGCUGUCCUCACCCAGCGCAAAACUCCAAGGUCUAGUGUCAGUUGGUGAUUUGUGCCGACCAGAGACAGUCCCCUCUGACCAGUUCAGCAGAUCAGUAUCCGAACAUCACGUUUAAAGAUGGGAGACUGGGGAUUCCUUUCAACUUUGCUGGACAAGGUCCAGUCCCACUCCACUGUCAUCGGGAAGAUCUGGAUGAGCGUCCUCUUCCUCUUUAGGAUCAUGGUUUUGGGCGCAGGUGCCGAGAGCGUCUGGGGCGACGAGCAGUCGGGUUUCAUCUGCAACACUCAACAACCUGGUUGUGAGAACGUCUGCUACGACUGGGUCUUCCCCAUCUCGCACAUUCGCUUCUGGGUCCUCCAGAUCAUCUUCGUCUCCACGCCGACGCUGGUCUACCUGGCCCACGCUUUGCAUGUCAUCCACAAGGAGAAUAAGAUGAGGGAGCGGAAGCAGAAGCAGAAGCAGAGCCCUGGUGGGGCCAUGAAGGGCAAAGAGCCCAAAUACACAGACGAGAAGGGAAAGGUGACGAUCAAGGGAAACCUGCUGGGGAGCUACCUGACACAGCUCGUGUUUAAGAUCAUCAUUGAAGCUGCCUUCAUCACGGGCCAGUACUACCUGUACGGCUUCAUCAUGGUCCCCAUGUUCCCCUGCUCGAAGAAGCCCUGUCCCUUCACCGUGGAGUGCUACAUGUCUCGACCCACAGAGAAGACCAUCUUCAUCAUCUUCAUGCUGGCAGUGGCCUGCGUCUCUCUGCUCCUCAACAUCAUUGAGGUGUUCUACCUGAUUUGUUCCAGGCUCAGACGGAGGUCCAGGCGGGGAGCACGGUACUUAAAUUCGUCGGAGAACCCUGCCAGCCUGCCCGACUCCAGGCAGAAGAUGACGGAGGAAGCGAUCAAGCAGAACAAGCUGAACAUGGGGCUGGAGAACAGCCACAGUAUCGGAGGAGGCCUGGACGGGGCCAAAGAGGAGAAACAACUACUGAACACUCACUGAAACACAUGUAUUGUCUUGUUUCACAAUUCUCCCAAUAGUUCAAAUACAUGUAAGAAACAGUUUUAAAGCUCUGUGGUGACAGAAAUUAUGAAAUAAAAACUGUUUUGUUGUAUUAUGAUUAAUGCUGAGAUGAUAUUUCAAGGCCACAUUGUUGGAAUUUAUUUUUUUAAUGGAAAUCGAAUGAUGAAAAAUGUGCAAUACUGAUAAUUAUUUAUUGUCUGUACCCAGUUAUUGAAUGUGUCCUUUAUUAAGUUAUUGUCAUGUUCAUUAUCUAGGACUUGAAAUAUUUUGCUAACUGAAUGAUGAUGAUCACAGUGAAG